AGGGCUCAGAGGAGGCGGAGUCUCUGGUGACACCUGGCCCAGGUGUGGGGAGCGUCACGUGGUCCCCCGCCUCCCUGCCCAGCAGCUUCCGCCUCCUCCCAGCGCUGCUCAGGCCGGUCAGUCGGGAAAUGCCCGGGCCGCCGGCGGCUCGCUGAGCGACCCCCAGGGGCUGCAGCACCGAGCCCGGACCGCCACUGCCCCCGCGCCGCCAUGAGUAAGCUCGGCAAGCUGUUCAAGGGCGGCGGCCCCGGGCGCGCCAAGGGGCGCGCGGGCCCCACGCCCCAGGAGGCCUUAGCCCGGCUACGGGAGACCGAGGAGAUGCUCACCAAGAAGCAGGAGUAUCUGGAGACCAGGAUCCAGAGGGAGUUGGCCGCGGCCAAGCAGCACGGCACCAGGAACAAGCGAGCUGCAUUGCAAGCCCUGAAGAGAAAAAAGAGGUAUGAGAAACAGUUGAGCCAAAUUGAUGGGACGCUCUCCACCAUUGAGUUCCAGCGGGAAGCGUUGGAAAAUUCCCACACCAACACAGAAGUGUUCAAGAAUAUGGGCUAUGCUGCACAAGCAAUGAAAAAAGUGCAUGAAAAUAUGGACCUAGACAAAAUUGAUUCUUUGAUGGACGAUAUCACUGAACAGCAAGCAGUUGCCCAGGAGAUCUCAGAAGCUAUUUCAAACAGAGUUGGGUUUGGUGAUGAGUUUGAUGAGGAUGAGUUGAUGGCGGAACUGGAGGAAUUGGAGCAAGAAGAACUGAAUAAGAAAAUGACGGAUGUCAGAUUGCCAAGUGUCCCAUCCACAUCGCUGCCUUCCCGUCCUGCAUCCUCCAGGAAGAAAGUGGAAGAUGAAGAUGAUAUGAAGCAGCUGGCGGCUUGGGCUUCGUAACAUCAGACUGCAGUGUUUAGAACAACAGGUUUCUUACAAUACAGAUGUAAAGAGUUGCAAUAACCUUUUGUAUGCUUAACAAGUCAGACCCAAUUUGAUCACUUGUUUUACUUUUGGUAGGGCCAAAUGAUCUUAAAAAAUAAUAAUAAUAAUAAUAAUAAUUACUUAACUUCGAUACUAUUUUUAAAUGUUUUGUUUUUUUUAAAAGAGAUUUUCAGGACUUGACCAAUCUUGUAUCAUUUUUACAGUGAAAAAUUCAGAUGGAAUUUUUAUUAAAAAAUAGCUUUUACUGGGUGGAGCCUUACUACAGAGUAUUUUUGUGAGACACUAAGGCCCUAUGUACACACGUGACCAAAUUCACUGCUGGAGUGAAUGUUUGAAAUGUAGUAACGUCAUAAAGGCUUACAAGCAGUAGUCAAUUUGGCUCAGAGUAUUUGAUAGCUACUAUAAGCUGCUCUGAGCACAUGGACCUAAUGGGGCUGCAUAUGGGCACAGAGAUCAUCCACCCAGAGCAUCUUGCAGUAUCAGGGUCCCAAAUUGUAAGCUCCUUGGGGCAGAAUCUUCUAUGGAAGGCUUUGGGAUUUUCUGUGUGUGUGUUCCCCCCCCGCCCCCUGUAAAUCGCCAUAUACACCUAUAUAAUUAGUUAUAAUCAAGGUUUAAAACCAGUUCAGGCUCAUUCAGUGAAAAUAGUUUGGCUCUCAAGUGUGACUAGGGGAAAACCAGAGUGUAGAAUUAGUUUUAAUCUAGGUCCCUACCAAUUUAAAACUGAUUCAGCUAAUUCUGUUAAAGACCGAGAGGAGUUGUGGCCUAACUACUGCUUAUAUGCCUCCCAACUUAACUUUUCCAGGAUGAGUCUUAACUUCAUAUUACAGAUUGUUAAAAGAAGUCAUAGUGGGACUUGUAAUGCUGUAGUUUCAAAAUAACAUUGGUUUCCAAGCAUUCAGUUCCUGUACUGAGACUUGAAUGGAAAUUGUAUUGAAGUGUUAAUAUCUGAAGUUUCUUAACUUCUUUUUUUCACUUCUUGGAAUGUGAGUGAUUUAUUUGUGGUGAUCAUGUACAGUAUUGCACAACUGAUUAUUUUUAGUCUAAAGUGCUGAAGUACUGUGUAUGCAGAGAAAUCAGAACAAGUAAAAUUAAACGUGCUUUUCUGUCAAAGUGAA